UAUCAAACACCGAGAGACAUGCUUGGAGUUGACAAGUCAAAGCUUCCGUGAUUACUAUUUGGAACUCAAAAGCCUGGAUUCAGGUUUCUAUUUGGAAUCAAUAUUUGAUAAAGUUGGACAGAGAAUAGGCCAAGGCUUUAUGGAAUUUGUUGGUAGAAUCAACAAUAGGAAAGUUUGUCAAAAUGAAUCCAAAGAGUAUUACAGAAGAAUCAACAGAUGUAUUUAUGGGAGACAUGUUAAAACAUUAGAGAAUAUGGGUCUUACAGAAGACAAUGUGGAGGAAUGGAUAAAUAUUCAACAAAAUGGCUUAAUGAGAAGUAUCCAAAAUAUCAAAAAAACAAUCAUUGAAGGAUAUGAGUUACCAGAUUUCAACAAUAAUAAUGGGCAACAAGACAAAGCUAUAAUAAACUUGGUGCGAGAAUUACAAGAACUUGGGCAACCAUCAUUGGAAAUUCUUCAAAGAUCUAAUAUUGAUUUACGUUCUAAUUGUAAACCAAUGUAA